GCUUGCCUGUCUCACAUAGACUACAGUCCACAUUUAUCCCGGGUACUCGCAAGUGUUGCCUCUCAACCAAGCUUUGACUGCUUAACGCUUCUUUCCUUUAUACCACUAGUGUGUCCUGUAAUUCUAGGACUGCGUAUAAUGGCCCCUAGACGCAAACAGAAAGAGUCUGCGGCAGCACCCCCUAAAAAACGUCGAGCAACUGGCAAAAGUUAUUCCGGCACGCCUUCGGGGACCGCUAUUUCCAUCCCUCCUGAGGCUGUGGCCACCUUGUUCUCCGGCUUCCAAAGUUUCUUCCAGCAGGUUUCCAAACCGGGUGUCACAAUUCAGGUAGUUCCCCCCGUGGGGUCCCCUGACUUCAUUGCUGAGACACCCAUGGCCGAAGCUGCGCGCCCCGGGCCUUCAUCCGCUAACACCCCUGAACAGCCUAGGCGUGUGGGCACAAGAUCUCAAUCCGCUCCUGCAGAUGCCGCCACUUCCAGUGCUGGGGACAAGGCACCUUCAGCCACUGCGGGUAACGCUUCCAUCGCCCAGCUGUCUCCAGGUACCCCUGCUUGUUUGCGAAGCCAGCCCCUUGAUUCCCAUUCUAGGUCCGGACGCUCAUCAAUCACAUCUUAUGACAGUGAUGCUCAGGACCAGGUACAGGUGACGCCAUCUCAGCAGGGCACUACUCAGCAGGUGGACCAGGAAAAGGGGAAGGCGAAGAAGACGGGUCAGAAGAAGUCUAAGAAGACCAAGCGUAAGGAGCUGGAGGACGACUCAGAUGGACCGCUUCCGCUCUCUUGCACCAGAGGCUCAGCAGUUGCCAGAGGCGUUCCCGGAACAUCUAUGGAAUCUUGGGAACGAGACGUGAUAGAGGGAGUAUUGGCGUCGGUUGCCCCCUCCACUCUCUCUACUUAUAAAAAGGCCUGGUCCGAUUUCCGGACUUUUCGCGCUAGAACUCUGGGCUCAGAAAUGGAUACACCCCCGAAUAAGCGGGAGGUGCUAGCGUACCUAGUUAACUUAAGGAGGUUGGGCAGGGCCGCCAGAACUUUGCACAUUCAAACAGCAGCUAUCUCCUUCUUCAGUAAGGCCAGUUAUUCAACGGACCCUUGUGCGGAUUUUUUAGUGCGUAAAGCUCUCGAGGGCUGGCGCAGGCUUCAGCCACCGCGCAAGGAUAGUCGGAAGCCCAUUACUUUUAACUUAUUAUUCCAAAUUCACAAGCAACUCAGGAAGUUGUGCUGGUCAAAAUAUGAGGCUAGACUUUUCUCAGCGGCUUAUUCUAUAGCCUUUUUUGGCGCAUUCAGGAUUGGUGAGGUGGUCUGUGAGGGUUCCCCUUCUCAAGCUGCCAAGGGUAUUCUGUUGUCUGACCUAUCCCUGUCUGAGAAGGAGGUGGUGAUCCACAUCCGCCAAUCAAAAACAGAUCAAUGUGGGAGGGGCGCUUUGAUGCGCUUGCCAGCCACGGGCCAUCCCGGCCCCUGCCCUGUGAAGGACACCAGGCGUUUUCUCCAUUUGAGGCCCGCCUCGCCCGGUCCAUUCCUAAUUCACCAGGAUGGGUCUUGCUUAGCCCGCCACCAGUUUACCCGCGUAAUGCGCAAGGCAAUCGCUGCCUGUGGCCUUCCUCCCUCUGAUUUUGCAGCACAUUCCUUUCGUAUUGGUGCCGCCACAACCGCAGUACAUAUGGGUUUGUCAGUGGAUAGAAUAAAAGACUUAGGCCGUUGGAAGUCCAAAGCAUACAAAGGUUACCUCCGCUCCUCUAAAUGAGCGCCCUCGUCUGCGGCUGUGGGCUUAUGUUCCCUUUGUUCUUUUUCCAGAAAAACUCGUUAACAUCUGGUUGUUUGGACACAGCAUCGUGCAUUGGGCCCGGGCUCGCGCUUAUGAUCGAAAAAUGGGCCCCAAUUUGGGGUUGCCUCCCUGGGUCAGAGUGUCCUGGAUCACGAGACGGGGGAUGCGUUGGAGUGAGUUCUUGCCAACAGUGAAGAUUAGGGCGGCUACACAUGGCCCUCCGGAUAUUUUGGUGGUGCAGCUGGGCGAGAAUGAUUUGGCUUAUCGCAAUGGCCAGGAUUUGAAAUGGACUAUCCUUGCGGAUUUUGAUGGACUGUUGGCUACCUUCCCCAACUUGACCAUUUUCUGGUCUUCCCUCCUGGAGAGGCGUGUCUGGCGUGACUGCUUUUCGCCCGCUGCUAUAAACAAAGCAAGGAAAUUUCUGGAUAUUGCUGUGGCCAGAAAGGUCUUGGCCUUGAAUGGACAUUAUAUACCGCACCCUGCGAUUACGUUCAGUGAUGUGUCACUAUACCGUGCUGAUGGCGUGCAUCUUUCCGAUGAUGGGAAUGACAUUUGGCUUUCCGACAUACUAGGUGCUAUUAGGAAUUGGUUGCGACUGUAAGGGUAUUGGCGGCGAGCCCCUCUCGGGGGGGGGCUCGAUUGGCGGUAGGCAUUGGAUUAUCUCAGGAAGGUACAGGUGCGGGGGGGAGGUUGCUGCCAUCACCUCCCCCAGAAUGCGGAAGGGUACUCCCCUAAGGAGUCCGGGGCGUUGCCAAGUCCGAAGCCGUGGUAGGUGAGGGCCAGAGGGCACGCCCCUAAUGGUGGCCCCAGGAUGAGUUCCUAGUUGAUGUGCAUCGCAGGACUCAUCCAAUGGUGGUUAACCCUUCACAGACUGCCAGCAGAACGGGCUGGAGUCAGAUAUAGUCUGUUAGAUCCAAUGCCUAUGCCAAUACCCCUCUACAGUCGUAAUCAAUAAAGUUGUGGCCUCUUAUGCCCAUUAACCGUAUACAAUGUUUCUCGUGUCUUUAUUUAUCGCGGGGAGGACUCGGGGUAUCGCCACACAAAAUCUCUUCCCUCCUCGGGGGGAGGAGAUGUUGUGGGCCCACGAGGCCUUCACGUGGGGGGGGGAAUGGCUAGCAUUCCCCCCAGCCCAUUGGCUCCUUCCUCGCCGCGGCGCACCCAAUCAGGCUGCGCCAAGGGGGCGCGGCUCACGCAUUUAAGGGAGCACGCGGCAAGCGAUCGGCCUCUCUUUCGUCGGACCUGGAACCUGCUUUUCCCACCCACCCACCCUCUUCAUAGGCAGGUUCUUCUCUCGACGUUGCUGCGCACUUGUUGGUCGCCAUCUGGGACCUGGUAGGAUUUUUCCCACUUGGCGAAUUGGCUCUGGCCUUGUGGUUUUUGCCUGCCGCGUAUGCAAAUCGUCACAACUUGGGGUUUUGGCGGUAGGCAUUGGAUUAUCUCAGGAAGGUACAGGUGCGGGGGGGAGGUUGCUGCCAUCACCUCCCCCAGAAUGCGGAAGGGUACUCCCCUAAGGAGUCCGGGGCGUUGCCAAGUCCGAAGCCGUGGUAGGUGAGGGCCAGAGGGCACGCCCCUAAUGGUGGCCCCAGGAUGAGUUCCUAGUUGAUGUGCAUCGCAGGACUCAUCCAAUGGUGGUUAACCCUUCACAGACUGCCAGCAGAACGGGCUGGAGUCAGAUAUAGUCUGUUAGAUCCAAUGCCUAUGCCAAUACCCCUCUACAGUCGUAAUCAAUAAAGUUGUGGCCUCUUAUGCCCAUUAACCGUAUACAAUGUUUCUCGUGUCUUUAUUUAUCGCGGGGAGGACUCGGGGUAUCGCCA